AGGGAUUAACAAUAUAGAUACUGAAAUUCCCAAUUUUUUCAGGCAGCUGGAGUAUUGUCUUAGCUGGGAUGAGACUACAUAUCGUUUCACAUUUCCUGAUUUGUUUUUGUGUAAUUCAUUACUCAGACGGUCAAAGUGUCAUAUGGUAUGAACCACUACCGGUUGAGACAGUAACGAGUUCAACCACUGACCUGCCUCCGGCAGAGAUGAAGGUUUUUGAAGGAUAUCCUGCGUCUCUAAGCUGGAACUUCAGUUUGACGUCAUUGACUCUUUUUGUGGCGACUAUAAAGUUCGACACUGUUACCCUUGCACUUAGUGGAUCAGGAGGAUCAGGUGCAAAUGUGGAAGAUGCUUUCAAGGACAGAUUCAAUUUAACUUGGAUUUCCCAACGAAUCACUUUGGUAAUCUUCAAUGUGACAGCCUCAGAUGAUGCAAGUAAUGGAGCAUUUGAGUGUGAGUUGGGUACUAACAAAGGAUCUUGGAGUCGUGAUAUUCGCUUGAAUAUUAUUGCUAGAACCUUUACAUGGACUGCUCCUCCGCCAGCCUGGACUCCAACGGACGGAAACGACAUUAGAACAGUUAAUUUUCCAGCGUUGAAUGGAAGCACUAAUGUGGCUCUAAGGUGGAACUAUGUAUUGGGAGGAGGAGAAGGACUGUUCUUAACCACUUGGAUUUUUAACGGAAAUCAGAUUGCACUUCUAACCACUCUACCCUCAGCAAUAAUAAGUGACGAUCGUUUUGCUGUCAACACCCGUGAAGUGGCCACUUUGAUUAUAAAGAAUGUCAGUGACAUUACAGAUGGUACCAUUCAAUGUGUAGCUCAUACUAGUGUAAGCGUCUGGAAAUAUAACAUACAAGUGGAAAUUACAGUUCCACCAAAGAUAACUUCAACUGGUGACAGUCAGAUUGUAACUGAGGGUUCUGGACUGGUUUUGUUUUGCAAUGCAACUGGUAAACCAGCACCAAACAUCACUUGGACCAGAGUGUUGGAGGUCGGUACUGACAGUCAAGAGCUGUUUGUUGGAAAUCCUUGGAUUAUUGUAAACAUCAGCAGAACUUCUACUGGAACGUACCGCUGUACCGCUGACAAUGGAAUCGGAAGUCCAGUCAACCAUACAAUCUCUAUGAAAGUACUUUUUCCACCAAAGAUUACUUCAGCUAGUGACAGUCAGAAUGUAACUGAGGGUUCUGAACUGGUUUUGUUUUGUAAUGGAACUGGUAAACCACAACCAAACAUCACUUGGACCAGAGUGCUGGAUGGUGGUACUGACAGUCAAGAGCUGUUUGUUGGAAAUCCUUGGAUUAUUGUAAACAUCAGCAGAACUUCUACUGGAACAUACCGCUGUACCGCUGACAAUGGGAUCGGAAGUCCAGUCAACCAUACAAUCUCUAUGAAAGUACUUUUUCCACCAAAGAUUACUUCAGCUAGUGACAGUCAGAAUGUAACUGAGGGUUCUGAACUGGUUUUGUUUUGCAAUGGAACUGGUAAACCACAACCAAACAUCACUUGGACCAGAGUGUUGGAGGUUGGUACUGACAGUCAAGAGCUGUUUGUUGGAAAUCCUUGGAUUAUUGUAAACAUCAGCAGAACUUCUACUGGAACAUACCGCUGUACCGCUGACAAUGGGAUCGGAAGUCCAGUCAACCAUACAAUCUCUAUGAAAGUACUUUUUGGGAUAAAAGAUGUCACUUUGGAAAGGAACACAACAGAGAACAAUGGCUGCAACGAUUUCUGGGUGAAUUUCACUUGUAAGUCGUCCGUGGCCAAUCCACCAGUUCAUGAUUAUCUGCUCCUAAAGAAUGAAAACAAGGUCAGUUUUAGCGAAAAAGGAACAUGGAUAGAGAAGAUAUCAAGAGGAGAAACAUUUGUCUACGAGUGUCGGGCAUAUCAGAAAAUUGACAAUGUCACAAGCUCAAAUAAUGUCACUGUGGCUGUGAAUGAGCCACCUGCAUUGGAGCAAUUACAGAAUAAAACAGUUGAUGAACAUGAAAAUUUGCUAGUGGAGUGUAAUGUGACUGCAGGGACUCCUUCCCCUACUGUUUUUUGGGAGAAUAUUAAAAGUGGUCAUGUCAUUGAAGGAAAGUUGUUGAACGUAACUAACAUCACAAGAAAUCAAACAGAUUACAGAUGCAUUGCAAACAACACUUGUGGAGGCAAAUACGCAACGAUGUUCAUUGAUGUACAGUAUGAGCCUGAUCAAGUCAAUUUAGAUACAGCACCCAGUGGCACAGUCUGCCUGGGAAGUACUGUUGAAUUCAUUUGUACCGCUGAUGCCAAUCCACCAGUGCAUGCUUAUGUGUUGUAUAAAAAUGGUACGAGGGACAGUACAGACAAAUUCGGAAUAUGGACAAAGAUAAUGAGCGUUGGUGGCAAGUUUUUUUUCAAAUGUGAGGCACAUUCUACGAAAGGAAACAGCAUGAGCAAUGAUAUCCUACUAAAUGCUCAUGACAAACCCACUGUGGAACAAGUACAAAAUGUAACAGUCAAUGAAGGCACAAAUGUGACAAAGGAGUGUAAUACUACCGCAGGAACUCCUCCCCUGACUGUUUUUUGGCAGAAUGUUAAGACUGGUGACACCACUGGAAAGCUGUUGACUAUCACUAAUAUUAAACGAAGUCAGCGUGGCGAGUACAGAUGCAUUGCAAACAACGACUGUGGAAAAGAUUCUACAACGAUCUUCAUUGAUGUGCAGUGUAAGAAUAUUCACAAUACUUAUUUUUUAAAAAUUUUUGGUGUUCAUUGA